AUGGAUCACCGAGAAUUUGAAGCGCGCGUCAAGGCCCUUCAAAAGGCCGCUCAGUCCAAUGAGCCCCCUUCCGCUAUCAUUAGCGUCCUCGAAUCUCUCCGAUCUGCUGCGCCGACUGAAGAGAUGCUUCGCACCACCAAAGCCGGUAUCAUGAUAGGAAAACUCCGAGGAACUGCGAACAAAGACGUCGCCAAGGUUGCAACUGAAGUGGUUGCGAAAUGGAAGAAAGGCAUUGAAGUGGAGAAGAAAUCCAAGGGCAAUCCAACCUCCAAAGUACCAAAGGGUUCCGUAUCUCCCGCGUCCAAGGCUGCUUCGCCUGCCCCGAGACAGCUGUCAGGAAACAAGACUUACGAGGGUGACCUAGAGAAGCGGACCUUCAAGGCGGACAAGGUUAGCAUCGCUCGUACCGGCUCCCAGGUUCGUGACAACUGCAUCGGCCUUCUCUACAACGGUCUUGCGUAUCGCUCGCGCGAGUCUGAGGAGAACGUCAUCAUGCGCGCUAUCGAGGUCGAGCGUGCUGCCUAUAAGGCAUACAACGGCGAGACCAAGGAGUACAAGGACAAGAUAAGGUCUCUGUUCCAGAACCUCAAGGUCAAGACCAAUGCCGAUUUGGGCCGCAACGUCAUGUCGGGUGCCAUCGCCCCUGACCGCUUCGUCGUCAUGACCUCAAAGGAGCUCAUGUCUGCGGAGCAGCGCAAGGCUGAAGCCGAGCUCGAGCUAGAGAACAUGAAGAAGGCCCAGGUGCCCAUGGCUGAGAAGAGUAUCAGCGACAGUCUCGAGUGCAGCAACUGCAAGAAGAAGAUGGUCAGCUACACGCAGGCUCAGACCCGCAGCGCUGAUGAACCGAUGACGACCUUCUGCGAGUGCAUGAACUGCGGAAAGCGCUGGAAGUUCUCUUAA